AUGUCCGCCCCGGUCUUCGACGCGCACGUCGUCCUCGCGUGCCAGAACACGCUCGGCGAAGGAAUCACUUGGGACGACCGCACACAGCGCCUGCACUGGGUCGACAUCGACCGCGCCGAGGUGCACACUCUAUCGGAGGGCACGCACGCCGUCGCGCACUACGGCGAAAGCGAGUUCGUGAGCGCGCUCGCGCCGCGUGUAAAUGGCCCGGGUUUGGUGGCUGCGACGGAGGCGGCGGUCGUGCUCAUCGACCCGCCUGCAGCAGGUACGAGCGCGCAGCGCUCGACGCAUACCGUCGCGGCGCCGCUCGAUGCUGCGCACGUGCGCGACAAGCUCGUGCGGUUCAAUGACGGGGCGUGUGAUGCGCGCGGGCGUCUAUGGAUCGGCAGUAUGACGCGGCCGGAGAAGCGGGAUGGUGCACCGCGCGGCGAGCUCUGGCGCAUCGAUCCCGACGGCACGGCGACGCGCUUCCUCGGUAGUGUGGGGACGAGUAAUGGCAUCGACUGGAGUCCAGACAACAAGCUCAUGUAUUAUAUCGACUCGAACGAAAAUCGAGUCACAGUGUUCGAUUAUGAUGUCGAAGCUGGCGUUCCCUCCAAUCGCCGCUUGUUUGCAGACACCCAGCCUGAGUCCGGCGACGGCGUGCGAGGCGUGUAUGACGGCCUCGUGGUCGACGGUGUUGGUAACAUCUGGGUCGCACUCUGGGGAGAUUCCCGCAUCGUCGUCUUCUCUCCAGAAGGCAAGGUACUUGCGAAUGUUCGCACACCCGGCGCCCGCUCUCCUACCAUCCCUUGCUUUGGCGGCGCAGAUUUGCGCACACUUUACAUCGCCACAGCACAUGCCAACCUCGCGGGCCAAGGCGAUAUCCAGGCCCAGUACCCACACUCAGGCGAUGUGUAUGCUCUCGACUGCGGCUCCAUGACUAGCGUCCUCGGGCCGCAGUGGAAGGGGCGGGUGCGCCACCGCUUCGGCGGAUAG